CCAAGCUGUCACGCUCAACCCGGGCUGGCGUUAUCUUUCCUGUAGGGAGGAUGAUGAGGUACUUACGCACAGGGACUCAUAAGUACCGCAUCGGUAUGGGAGCUCCUGUCUACAUGGCAGCUGUCAUUGAGUACCUGGCAGCACGAUAAUGACCCAAAGCUCAAAUUCAAGUCAACAAAGGAUGGCUUCAGAAGACGAUAAUCAGUGUUUUGGAACAGACCAGUCAGAGCUCAGACCUAAAUCCUAUCGAACCUGUGGAAUGACUUGAAGAGGGCUGUGUAAAGGAGAUCCUCUCACUGACAGAUCUGAAGCCUUCUUUUUUCCCAAGCAAGCGUGGAAUAAACAUAUCAAAUCAAAAUGUGCUGUGUUGCUGAAAUUUUGGAACUAGCUGGUAAUGCAGCCAGAGACAACAAGAAAGGACGAAUCACUCCACGGCACAUCAAGUUAGCAGUGGCUAAUGAUGAAGAGCUUAACCAGCUACUCAGAGGGGUUACAAUAUCAAACGGUGGCGUCUUGCCCCGUAUCCACCCUGAGCUGCUCUCCAAGAAAAGAGGAGGGAGAGUGAAGGUAGACUCACAGAUGACGGCACCAGAGAAAACAGAGAAAGAGGUCAAGAGCAGCAAGAGAUCCUCCAAAAAGAGAGGGAAACCAGGCCGUAAGCCAAGGAAGAGUGCAGAUAAUGACAAAGAUGGAACCAACAGCACAAUGGAGGAUGGACCAGGAGAAGGAUUCACUGUUCUCGCAGCAAAGAGUUUGUUCCUUGGACAAAAGCUGUCUCUUGCAGAGAGUGACAUCAGCAAAAUUGGAGCCAUCAAAGUUGAGGGAAUUAUUAAUCCCACAAAUGCAGAGAUUGAUCUGAAGGAUGGAAUUGGUAAUGCACUGGAGAAAGCUGGAGGGAAAGAUUUCCUGGAUGCUGUAAAAGAACUGCGGAAGACGCAAGGCCCCUUGGAGGUUGCGUCAGUUGCAGUUAGCCAGGCCAGUGGAAUGGCAGCACGUUUCAUCAUCCACUGCAAUGUCCCUCAGUGGGGCUCUGAUAAGUGUGAGGAUCAGCUGGAGAAGACGGUGAAGAACUGCCUGUCUGCUGCAGAGGAGAAGAAGCUCAAAUCUGUGGCAUUCCCUUCUCUACCCACUGGAAGAAACGGUUUCCCAAAGCAAACUGCAGCCCAGCUGAUACUGAAGGCCAUUUCAAACCAUUUUGUUUCAGCAACGACAUCCUCACUGAAGAACAUUUACUUUGUGAUGUUUGACAGUGAGAGCAUUGGAAUUUAUCUGCAGGAAAUGACCAAGAUGGAUGUCAAGUGAUGACUGUGCAAGGGGUUCUGUUGUUGGUAGCUUGCAUAGCUUGGAUGCUAGUCUGUUUUAUCUGGUGAGUUCUGUGUAGGCCAUUUUUUUUUAUGGAAAACCGAACUGACAGAUCCAGGCUAACCGCAGAAUUUUGGCUCAUUUUCCAGCUAAUGUGCUGUUUGACUAAAGAUGCUGUAGUUAUUUGGGUUUCGGAACAAAUUUGGAAGGUAUAUAAAAAGGGUAUUUGUGAGUGACGUACUAUAUGAAUUUAUGUUACACUGUUUCCUUCAUGACACUCAUUUAGAGUAGGCCAAGUUCAUUUGUUCCAUUUUUGUUCUUAGACUGAGCUUGUUUUAACAUUCCAUGUUGUAUAAAAGACUUUUAAUCACUGUUUUUUCAGCUAGAGUUCCUGUGUAGUUUCUGAUACAGUUAGUUUAUUAAGGAAAAAAAUGUGUUUGUCAUUUUGAUUUGAAAUAAAACAGAUGUUUUACACUGUA